CCUCUGAUGUGCUUUGGUUAGUUGGAUUGCAAACAACAUUUGCAAAAAUACUCAUUUUAAAUCAUAGAGAUAAAUAGUGUUGUGUGUGGAAAAGGAUUGAAUGGCAGUGCGAGAUAUCUGCCGAAGAUGGGCUCCAGAGGAGACAUUUGCUAAGAAAUCUAAACAUAUACGUUGAAAACAGCUAUAAGGAAACCGGAUCACCGACGUUCAUGCAUGUACAUUACAGGGCUGGAAAAUUCAAAUCCACUCUCUCAUAUCAAUGUUGAUGACUUCAUUGCUGAUUUACAGUGAAAAACAGAGGAAUCAAGCGACUGAGAGGGCGGCAUCGUUGCUCUGCUGCUUUUUAUAUGUAGUGAUCUCCUGCCAGUAAAUAGCCACAUCCAUCGGAUACAUAUUGUGUCAAAGCCUGGUGGGGCUCAUCGCCUACUACCUAACAUCUUCUUUCAUCUGGCAACAUAAAUGUCACCCAUUUUGAGCCAGGUGUUUCUCUGUUGGGCCAGUCUAGGAAUUUAGGAUUGAUUGAUUUUCUCCUGAUCAACACCCUCCCUCCUUCCUCCCUUCCUACACCUACCUACCAAAACACCCACCCUGCCUCCCCCUGAACCUAUCACUGGUUUUUUUUGGGAAGAUGGGCUGUCUUGGCAAUAGUAAGACUGAAGACCAACGAAAUGAGGAGAAGGCACAGAGGGAAGCCAACAAAAAGAUAGAGAAGCAGCUCCAAAAAGACAAACAGAUAUACCGAGCCACUCACCGGCUACUACUAUUAGGGGCCGGUGAAUCCGGGAAAAGCACGAUAGUCAAACAGAUGCGAAUAUUGCACGUCAAUGGCUUCAAUGCAGAGGAGAAAAAACAGAAAAUCCAUGAUAUUAAAAACAACAUUAAAGAAGCUAUAGAGACGAUCAUUGCUGCCAUGAUCACGCUCACACCGCCAUGCAAGUUAGCCUGUCCUGCAAACCAGUCCCGAAUCGAGUAUGUCAUGCACCAAGUCAACCGGAAGGAUUUUGAGUUUCCUUCAGAGUUUUAUGACCAUGCAAAGUUCCUCUGGCAGGACGAGGGUGUGCGGUUCUGCUGGGAUAGGUCUAACGAAUAUCAACUCAUCGACUGCGCUCAGUAGUAAGUCUCUAUGUUUUCAAAUAUCUCCUGUUAUAUCCCUUUGUUUUACUUCCAUACAUACUGUGCAGUCACACAUGAAUAUAAAUGAAGGACGACACAAAGACAUGCUUCAUUUUUCUCUCUGUGUCUCUUUACACUUAUACUGACAUUGUGGGACAUUUGGUUGUUUUGGUAUGUGGUCACUUUGAGUGCAAACGUGUGUCUGUUCUUACUAGUGCGUUACAGCUUAGUGGAUAAACUACAGUGUGCGUACAUGUGGCUCAUUUUAUGGCACCGUGUAGUGCUGGUGAUGGCAACACGUCCACAAGUAUUUGGAUGGAUUGCCAUGGAGUUUGCACACAGGAUCUUCUCAUCGGAUUUAUUGAAAAUAAUACAAAUAUAGUUUAUCACCAGAUUUAUCUUUUUAACGUGGAGUCAGCAACUCUGGAGAAAGAUAUUUAAACUCAACACCCAAACAAAUACCCGCCUCCUAAUUUACCCUCUCCUCCCACUGCCUUUGUCUUCAUUCAUCUUUGGUCUUUCCGUUGUUCUGUACGUGAGCAUGAACGCCUCUUGUUGCUAAUUGACUGCAUUGCUGUCGUGUGUCUCAGUCCGAUCCACUUCUUUGUUUCACAUUUAUAGAGUCAGGGCCAUAUCAAAACAUCAGAUUUCUUUUCAGCACACAGAGAGAAUUUUUUCUUGAUUAGUUUACUCUCCCUUUUGCUUUGUUGCAUUCUGCUUGAGCAGUUGCAAAAGUGUACUCUAGACUUUUCAGUUAGGUUGCAGUCUGUUUAGCAGUAUGGCCAAACACCUAAGACACCGACCUGGUGGUUUGCGUGUCUUUGGCGAUUUCGUCCUCGCCCUGCUGACCCUUGUCAAUGUGGUUUUGUUGUGUGUAUUGAAAUUAUUUGUCACAAAGGCUGAGAUAUGAUAUUUUUUCCCAAAACAUCUUCAGCGCUGUGAAUCUCCCUUGGCCCUGUUCUCCCUUCCCGGUUUCCAAACUCUUCCUUUCUGGUAUUUUUUUCUUAUCCACCUUUUGAUCUCAGUCAGGCCUGCCUCUGCUAUAAGGCAUGCAGUGGUCACAUGGAGCCAGAGCUCAUGGAGGGCGGAGUCUCGCCCACUCUCUCUCUUGUGUACAUUGCAUGUUUGAGGUAGAUGUGUUUUUAUUAUGUCACUUUAUGCAUUGGUGGAAGAAGUUCUCUGACCCCUUAUAAGUACCCUUAUCUAUGACAAGUCAAAGUCUGUAUUUGAAAGUACAUGCAUUCUUCCAGCAAAAUGUAUUAAAAGUCCAUAUUCUGCAGGAAAAUGUGAGUACCAUGUUAUUAGAGUAUGAUAUUAUAAUAAUGGUCUAUACAUUUUUUUUGUAACAUGACAUUGGUAGCUGAUCGCGGCAGUUAGUUUGAAUUACUUUAUGUAAAGUUAGGAAGUUUAGUCCAGUUGUUCCCAACUGGCUUGGGCCCUUCAUAUUUACUUUGAUAUUUAGCUUUUCUGGUGGAAUAUUGAGCAACAAUAAUUUAAAUGAAACCAUCUGAGAAUUUCAGUGCGACACUCACUCUUUGGUGAACCUGCUUAAGGACAUCUGAAACAGACAAUGUUUCUUUGUAAGAGGUAACAAUCCAAACUCAUGAUUUAAGAAAUGUUAAUAGAAUACAAUAAUAGAUUUAUACAAACAAUUAAUCCUCUCAAUCGUCACUUUUAACCCUCUAAAGGGGUGUGGUGAUGAUUUCUGCUUGGAUUUUCAAAUGUUGCUGUAUUUUUGGGUUUUGUCAAGUCUAUAAAAGGUCGUUUUCAGGUGCCAGAUCAAAGCAUGCAUCCGACAGUGAAACUAUGAAAAUGCUCCAAAAAUACCUAAAUUAUGAGGUGAAAGGCCAAGUGGCCGAAAUCGGAGGUUGGUGUUUUUAUAUGAUGGUUGCCAACUUUGAAUAUUAUUGUUGUUUUUUUGUUUAAACUUCAACCGAAAAAAAUUAUAUUACCUUUAAUAAGCUAUUGCAUUGUACAGUGUAUCCCUUGCAUAUUGUGUAAUUAAUCGUGUGUUUUUUUUAACGUAAAAUCUGAAAACAAACAAGUAACGCCAGCGAACAGAUAAAUGUAGUAGCAGUGUUUCCCCUAGGAUGGAGUCAUAGCAGCGGUGCU